AACGCCAUUGACCUCCCCUCUGCUGUCGUGUCGGUAAACGCCGCACCGGCGUCCCUAGCAACCCCUGACUACAAAGGCUCGCACGCGUGCACGCACACACAAACCGUCAGGUGCCACUGAAUGAGACAAACGAACUCACCUGUGCUACACCUGUGCCAGUCACCAUCGGAGUACACCGACAUCACAGUUGGACCCACACACCUUCUCCAAAACCGUUUUCUCUUUACAAAGAAGCCGACAUUUCUGACGACUGUUGUCGGACAACAGAAUAUUUAGUUCGCGAGUGUCGCGGUAACCUUCCAGGACCCUCCACCAUGGGCUGCGAUAAUUCGAAAACCGUGAGGGUUCAACCCUUGGGAUCUCCAGUGAAAAUCAGGGAACACACGGCAGAGCUUGACCAGCAAGCGGCUGACAUCAAAGCAAGGCGGUCCGGCAAAGGUCAGAGGGAAAAGGACGGCAAAGGUCAGCGAGGCAAGUCUGGCAAACGGCGCCAAGACGGGAUGGGGUCAUGUGAUUCGCUGGAGGACGACAGGUCCCUGGCCAGCGAGCGGGGGAACUCGGCGACCUCCAAGAAGUCGGAGGAUUCUGGUCUCGGCGAGGAGUACAGCCACGUCAUCACAGAAUUUUCGGAGGAGGACAAGAUCAGACAGGUGGAGAACGACUUUGUGGCGCGCGAUGAUCUUGACCUUGGGAUCACCGGUGUGUCAUGCCCGACACGACUGAGCGCAAAAGACAAAGUGCGUGUGGAGGAAGCAAAUAUCCUUCGGUCACUUCGUGAAGAGGGGCUCAUCUCCAAACACAAGGCGGAGGCAUCCGGAGGGGUGUGCUUCGAGAUCGUGGAAGCAACGGGAGAUGAGCGGCCUCGGCUCCCCCUCCGACUGGAGAAGCUGGAGAAGAAAAGCAAGAAGGUGCUGACGGAGGAGGAGAUCAACGCCAAGCUGGAGCGUGCCGAGCGAAGGCGAAAGAAGCGGGAGGAGGAGCGGCUGGAGAAGUUGCGAGACUUGGACCACACGGACACGCUGGCGGCGCUGGAGACGUUCGAGCAGUACCAGCGGUGCAAGGAGGACCACAUCGUGCAGAAGAUGGACCAGGUCAGCGACAACCGCGAGCGCCGCAUCAGCGAGAUGAAGCAGAAGAUGGAGAAGCGGCGUCAGCACGCCGAGCAAGUGCGCAUGCGCAAAAAACUGGCGAAGGAGAACGCCGCCUUCGAGGGCGAGGACCCCGCCGAGAACACCGCGGACGGAACUGCGCAAGAAUUUUAACUAAUGAGAUGACAGACGAGAAACUCAGGAACAGACAACGACGUGCAGUAAAGGCCUCUGAAGACUAGACACAAGUCCAUAUUUUUUUCUGUUUUAAAUCGAGGAGAUCGCCUGGCAUGCACAUGCUAUUUUAGAAUCAUGAUCAUGUUAGCAUCAUCAUCAUUGUCGUCGUCAAUGCCAUUUUCAACGCGUUGUCAUGAUCGUUGUCUUUGUCAUUGCCGUAAUUUAUAAACGGUCCGUACGUGGACCAUCAGAGUAACAGAACCACCGAUGUAUUUCGCUUUUCACUUUUGGUGGUUCUGACAUUUUCUCUGACAUCCUCAGGAGUUUGUUUUUGUCCAUCUGCGGUCAGCUACCCUUGCGCUCGCCGGAUCUUAGACAAGAUGAAAUACGUGACCUGACAGGUUACAUACCGAAAGGUCAACGGUUUUAUUUUCUACAUCAAAGGGAUUGCAGGUGUAUGGUACAUGAUCUUUCGUGCACGAGUUGCUUAUCUUGCCAGUCCAAGUUUGUUUUUCUUCGCUGUGCACGCCAAUAAAGCACAAGACUUCUGCUGCCUGAAGUACGACACUAACGCAAAUUGUGUCCCUGGAGGUUUUUUUUCUCUCUAAGAUAGAUGCUUUACUGGUGUGAAAAGUGAAGAAAAAAUUUCAGGAGUUCCAGAACAAGUGCUUGAGGCUGCUUCCGAUCUCGGACAGAGAACAUAAAACCAACGAUUUCGUAGGAAGCAUGGUUGCCGCGCUCAUGGGACACCAGGAACUCUACUUGCAACAAUAAAACGAAGUAAAAUGGUCUGGUUUAGUCAUGUGGCAUGACAUCCUGUUGAAGACUGUCCUUCAAGGUACAUUCGAGAAUGGUCGACGCCGAGAUGGCCAAAGGAAGAACUGGUCAAAGUCGGGACCUGGUCAGUAAACACAAAACAGGUCUGAGUGGUGGGUCUUGUCAUCUGCCACUCUAUCCAAGUGCUCCUCCACCCAACCCCAACGACUGGUACCAGUCAAGGGACGAAUGAUGGACAAUGAGGGACCAGCGUCAUAUCACUUUCUGAGAGGAAGGACACAUCACAAGUGUGAAGCUGUAUUUCACUCAUGACAGUUGUGAUAUUUUGUACUCAUUGCAGUGGCAUUAGCACAGCUAAGACAUUCCACAGUUAAUUUGACUGUAAUUAAAAGUCAGACAGUAAUGACUGGCUAUCUCUAAUUACUUUACUGUUUAAUUAAGAGAUACCAUCAAAUUCUAAUUAAAAAAACAUUUUUGUUAGAAAAUGGUUAGACCACUGAGUUCAAAGCUUAGCAAAGAAGGGGAGAAAAUCAUAAUCCUCCCUUGUAGAUAUAAAAUAUUUUUCUUUUUGAAACCGAUUGUGCCUUCGUGCCAACAGCAUUAACUACGACCUCUGCAGCAUUAUGACAUGGUUGGUAGAACACUAACAUGGAGUUGUAAAUAUAUUGUGAAUGAAAAUAUUUUCUAAAACAGAUUUAUGAAAUACAUAUUUAAUUAAAUUUAUUUUUUUAAAUUGAAGGUUGGGUUGUGGAGGAAAUGACAUGAAUAAUGUUUGAUGCGGGCUUGAUGUUGGCAUGAUGCUAGCAUACUGUUAGUGUGCUGUUGACAAAAGUGUAUUUUAUUUUGAGGGAAUGAAAUGUUUUCAUGAUAAAAAUAUUAAUGUCGUCGUUAUAUGACAUAUGAAGGAUAUUAGCAGCACUCAUGAACUGACAAAAGUUGUGAUGUGCCUUUUCUAGAAAUUGUUCAGAUUUUUUUUACUAUUUAGGACAUGUUUAUCAACCUCUCCCCCACCACACACCUCACAACAAAUACAGGGAGAGAGGAGAGAACGAGCGAGCGAGAGAGAGAGAGAGAGCAACAGGAAGAGAAAGAAAAUUUCUUACUGAUCUUAUAAAAAAUAAGUUUGAUUUCUUCAAUAAGAGUUUUCAAUACCCUUUCAGUAUUUAUUUUAAAAAUCUAAUGAUUAUCUUUAUGUAAAUUUUUCAUGGGUAAUAAGAAAGUCUGGCAAGGACACUGUUUAACAAUGAAUCCUCGUUCUAUUUAUUAAAAAACCAUGUUCUUUCAGAAUAUUUGUCAUGAUCAUCAUCGUCGUCAACAUCAUCAUCAACAUCACUGUCAUAAUCGUCGUUUUUGUCACCGAUGUCCUUAUAAACGGUCCGCAAGUGGAACAUCAGAGCAACAGAACCACCGAUGUAUUUUCAAUUUUCAUUUUUUGUGGUUUUUGAGUUUCUCUGACUUCUUCUGAAGUUUCUUUCCGUCCACCUAACUACGGUAACUGAAAGGUUACAUAAAAAAGGUAGACUGUUCUUUUCCCACAUCAAAGGGAUUGCAGUAUAUAUGUAUAUAGACACAUGUGCUUUCAUACACUAGUAGCUUACCUCGCCCUUCAAGUUUGUUUUUGUCCGGUGUGUACGCGAAUAAAGCACAAGACUUCUGUGGUUUGCUUACAAUGCUAACACAAAUGUGUACCCAGGGCUGUUUUUGUUUUAGAUAGGUUUUUUUGGUCAUGACUAAUUUCACUUGAAGGAACCAAAAAAAAAAAGCAUCUAUAGAUGUGACUUUGGUGUCCAUCCUUUGUUUUCCCUUUGUGACAAGGAAGGGGAGGAGGUCUGUAGCCUGCUGGUGAGAAAGUCACCUGAUUCACUUCCCCUCUACUUUCUUUGUUUCUGUUUUUCUCUCUGACCCGACCAUUUAGUUUUUGUGUUCACAUCUUGAGACCAGACUUGACUUGUAUAGACAGGUGUCAUCCAAAGCACGGCUUGUCUCACUUUGUAGGAAACAAUAUCUAAGGUCCGUGGUACAUGGCUCUCUGUUUUUCAUAUGCAUCUAAUAAUUAACAUCGGCUGUGGUGAAUAAAAUAUAUAUUCUGGAGUCAAGGGAGCCAGGUCUGUGUACAGAGAACUCUCUGAAAACCGUUUGAUAUUUUGACUAACAGGUAAUCCCUAUUUUUGUAUCACAUCGCACCUUGCACAGAGAUUCGUCAAGAGGUAGAUGUAGAUGGUCAAAACGAUGUUUAAUUUUUGUUCGUAGGCUCGUUUGUUGAGCUCGUAAAUAAACAGUAUUUGUGUGUGUCGAUGAGCAUGUGUACUUUUGACAAGUGUCUUGCACUCUUGAGAGUGACUGGGAUCAUUGUUUAUUGUUAAGCCAGUCAGUAUUGUCCUUUUCUUGAGUUUGAGAUCUUCGAGAACACGAAUAAAAAGAGUGGU